CCCUUCUUUCCACAUAAACCAGAAAAAAGAGGCAGAAUGGAAGCCUUCCUCUCAUAUCUACUUCCGAUGGUAAUCCUCUUGGCCUCACUCUUUCUCAUCUCCCGCGCCAAGAAUCGCUACAAGGGCAACUCUAAUCUCCCACCGGGCACGACCGGGUGGCCCGUAGUGGGAGAAAGCGCAAAGUUUGCGUUGUUGGGCCCCGAGAAGUACAUAAAUGGGAGAAUGGACGCGUGCUCCCCAGCGGUCUUCCAGACCUCCCUCUUGGGAGAGAAAAUGGCGGUGUUUUGCGGACCUGCCGGGAACAAGUUCUUGUUCUCCAACGAAAACAAGCUUCUCACCUCAUGGUUGCCCCUCUCCAUGAGAAAGGCUUUGGUUUUCCCUUCUUUCGUCGAGAAAACCAAGGAAAACCUAGCCGCGUUGAAGCGCUCUUUCAUGCACGAAAUUCUCAAGCCGGAAGCCUUAAAACAUUACAUCCCGGUAAUGGACUCCAUGGCGAAAUCGCACAUAGAGGAGAAAUGGUCUCCGAAUAGAGAAGUCAAGGUUUUUCCUUUGUCAAAGAAGUAUACAUUUGAUUUGGCAUGCCACUUGUUCUUAAACAUCGACGAUCCUGAGCACAUUAAGAGGCUAUAUGAUCCCUUCCACUUGGUGAUAUCCGGUCUGCUCUCCGUGCCAAUUGAUUUGCCCGGUACUGCUUACAACCGCGCCAUCAAAGGGGGGGAAAUCAUUCGGAAUGAGCUUCUGUCGAUAGUCAGGCAGAGGGAAAAGGAAUUGUCGGAGAACAAGGAUUCGAUUUCUAAAAACGAUCUUUUGUCUCGAAUGCUUCUUGCCGUGGACGACGAAAACGACAAGUUGAUGAACGAGAUGGAUGUUUCGAAUAACAUCAUAGGGUUGCUCGUUGCUAGCUAUGACACUACUAGUUCAUCACUCACCAUGGUCUUGAACUAUCUUGCAGAGCUUCCCCAUAUCUAUGAAGAGGUUUUGAGAGAGCAAAUGGAGAUUGCAAGAUCAAAAAAACCAGGAGAGUUGCUGACAUGGGAAGACAUUGAGAAGAUGAAGUAUACAUGGAAUGUGGCACGUGAAGCAAUGAGGCUAUCACCACCUGCUCAAGGUGCGUUUAGAGCGGUCGCAACCGAUUUCACAUAUGCCGGUUUCACUAUUCCAAAGGGAUGGAAGACAUUUUGGACAGUAUACUCAACACACAAGAAUCCCAAAUACUUUCCGGAGCCAGAAAAAUUCGAUCCAUCAAGAUUCGAAGGAAGCGGGCCUGCGCCAUAUACGUACGUACCCUUUGGGGGAGGGCCGCGAAUGUGCCCCGGGAGAGAAUACGCACGGCUGGAGAUUCUUGUUUUCGUGCAUAAUGUGGUGACAAAAUUCAAGAUGCAGAAAGCAAUUCCUAAUGAGAAGAUCGUAUACCAGUCCUCCCCGUUUCCAACCAAAGGUGUCCCGGUUUGCCUUCAGCCCCAUGAAACUUAAUCCUCCUAUUUGUUGAUUAGCUCUUGUAUUGUUCUUAUUAAUACAAAAUAAAGUUUGACUUACUUCAGUAAUCUUUCUUAAAUUAAUAACUUCAUUGAUAUUUGAAGCCCAAUUU